AUGGGCCAACAGGCAUCUGCUCCCCGCAAGGGCGCCAAGUUCCGUGUCAUUGGCGCCGGAAUGCCCCGAACCGGAACCACCUCUUUCAGCCGAGCUCUAGAAAUCCUUCUCGACGGCCCGGUAUACCACGGCGGCACCCAAAUCACGAUCGGUCCCGAACGAGGCGUCAAGACCUGGCUCGAACUGUUUUCGCAAUGGCCAGCCAAAGACGAAGCCACCGAACAAAGAAACUUGGAGCUCAUCAGAAGUCAAACAGAUGGCUUCGUCGCCAUGACUGACAAUCCCUGCGUGGUCCUUGUUCCAGAGCUUAUGAAGCUUUAUCCAGAUGCAUUGGUAAUUUGCACGGAGCGGGAUAUCGACUCUUGGGAGAAGAGCAUGGACGCGGUUACCAACCACGCGACCAUGUCGUUCCUCCGCUUCGUCUUGUUCCCAUUGCCGACAAUGCGGUACUUUGUGCAAUUUAUCGAUAUAAACCGCCCUGUAUGGUCGCAUCUGUACGACGAGACCGUGCCACCUACAAGGAAGACCUACAACCGACACAUCGAGUGGCUGAAGGAGAUUGUGCCACCUGAACGACUCGUCUUUGUGAAUGUCAAGGACGGGUGGGAGCCAUUAUGCAAGGCGCUAGAUUUGCCGGUUCCGAAAGAUGUGCCAUUUCCUAAUAUUAAUGACAGCAAGGCGAUUGAUGAGUUGACAAAGAGGCAGGUCCGGCGAGGAUUGGCAAGAUGGGCUGUUAUAUUCGCGAUUGGAGGAGUGUCUGUGACUUUGGCUGUAAGAAAGUGGGUGAGAUAA